CCCACACCCCAAACCGCUCUGAAGUACAACUCUAAAAAGAAUCCUCUCUUCUGUAUCUCUUCGCCUACUUAUUUCCCAAGGCAAAGCCCUACCGCUUCAGGAUUCAUCAUGAAAGGUGGUCAAACGAAGUCUGAUUCGAUGAAAACUGGCAACAAACUGAAAAGCAAAGGCGCAGGCGCUGGAAAGCGUGCGAAGAAGGCCGCCAAGGAUCCAAGCAAGCCAAAAAGGCCUCCCAGUGCUUUCUUCGUUUUCAUGGAGGAGUUCAGGAAGCAGUACAAAGAGGAAAAUCCUGAAAACAAAUCCGUCGCUGCUGUUGGCAAAGCUGGUGGUGCGAAGUGGAAAAGCAUUACAGAUGUCGAGAAGGCUCCUUAUGUUGACAUGGCAGAGAAGCGCAAAACUGAGUACAACAAGAACAUCCAGGCAUAUAAUCUAAAACUGGCUGGUGGUGGAGGAAACGAUAAUGAAUCUGAUAGGUCAAAGUCUGAAGUUAACGAUGAUGAAGGGGGGAGCGGAGAGGAUGAAAAUGAGGAUUGAAUGAGCUAAUUUGCUGAUUAGAUCUCGUUAGGUUUAUUCUGGAUAGCUUGUCCUGCUUAGAUAUGAACAGUUAACGUGAUAUUAAUAGAUAAUAACCAAGAAUGGAAUUUUAGAUUAGAUAACAGAUGGCUAUGAUGGACUAGCUGCAGCAGUAACUUCAUGGAUAUUGUACUUAAAAACUCUCUUAAACAUCAAUAACAAGUUUGUUUCUGCGU